UCGACGGGUCAACAACCGGUUUGGCGUCACGAUUCAAGAUGAAUUGUCUAGGAAUUCCUACCUGAACACACUCGGGAGUCAACAAUACUCCAUCGACAUGGGCCUGGCUAUCAAUCCACCCAGAAAAGCUUCUUUCUCUGCGAUCCACCCUGGUUGACCAUCUAAUUAAAGCCACUCAGCCCUACCAGCCCUACGUCAUCCCACUUGUAUUUAUUCAUCAAUUCAUCAAGCCAUGGCUCUCCCUCUUCUCGUCUUCUCGGUUGCCUUGACUUCGGUGAUUCUGUGGUAUUACCGGCAGCCUCCCAGUCGCAACUUCUUUCGCCCUGACAUGAUCACUGCCCGAGUCUAUCGACUCUGCCACGCCAACAUGACUGUGACUGCCGAACUUGCCCGCGACCCGACCAAAGUUCCUUCCAAGGUCUUUCACGACUUGUACGAGGGUCAUGACUCCCAGAACCCGGGCUCGGAGAUGAAAGAUGCCACUGACGAGGAAGAUGCCUUGCGACGAGCAGCCGAAUGUGGGAACUGGGGUGUUUCCCAACCGAGUGAACUAUUCCUGAAAAUAUACCAUGACGCCGUAUGCGCUCUCGACAAGAAUCCACACUCCGGCGUCGUCUCCCCGCCGCUGAUGGGCAGCCACGGCAUCGUGCCUUUAACAAUCGUGGCCCCCUUGCCCGACCUCUGUCGACACAUGGCCAAUUGCAUCGUGCGCGCCGAGAAAGAAGUCUUCCUGGGGACGAACUUUUGGAUCCACUCCGACGCCUCAACCCUCGUAACCAACUCCCUCCGAGAGCUCUCCAAACGCGCUGGUGAGAGGGGCACCAAAGUCAUUGUGAAAGUGAUCUACGACCGAGGUGACCCGCGCCAGGUCUGCGAGAACCGGCUGGAUGUGCCGGAGAAGAAAUAUACCAGCUCUCAGGUCCAAUUCCCUCCAGCGGCCGAAAUCCCCAAUCUCGACCUGCAGGUCAUCAACUACCACCGUCCGAUCUUCGGGACGUUCCAUGCGAAAUUCAUGGUGGUCGACCGUCGCGUGGCGUUGCUGCAGAGCAGUAACGUGCAGGACAAUGAUAAUCUGGAAAUGAUGAUCCGCAUGGAGGGUCCGAUUGUCGAUGCCAUCUAUGAUACGGCGUUGGUUUCGUGGGGGAAAUCAUUCGAUCCGCCUCUUCCGAUGCUGUCGUCCCCUGCAGCAGAUGCGCCCAUUCCCAGUCUCGAUGCGAAUUUCCCAGAGGAGCAGGGUGAAACCCUCCCCGAACUGACGACAAACGAUCCGCAUUACGAUGUUGACAUCGGACAAGAAGCACAAAGAGUAAACGGCAUGGUUGAGCCUCGCGAAGGCGAAUCAAGGACCCAGGCUGUGACUCGCCAUCUCAACACAACAACGCAACCGAACACCACCGGCGAUGCCUCGGACACUGACCACGAACACCCCAUGCGGCCAUACGUCCCCAUGCCUCCACACAAACCGUUCCCCAUCGCCCUUGUAAAUCGUGAACCCUUCGGAGCACCCAACCACACCAGCGUCUACACCCCCCAAAACUCCGCCUUCCUCUCUGCCAUCCAGAACGCCCGCGAGAGCAUCUUCAUCCAAACCCCCAACAUGAACGCCGAGCCCCUGCUCCAACCUCUCCUGGACGCCGUCAAACGCGGCGUCAUCGUCACCUGCUACCUCUGUCUCGGCUACAACGACGCCGGCCAACUCCUGCCGUUCCAGAACGGCACCAACGAGAUGAUCUCGCAUCGUCUAUAUACCGCGCUCGAGACGGACGAGGAACGCGCCCGUCUCCGCAUCCACAACUACGUCGGCAAAGACCAGACCAAGCCCAUCCACAACAAGUUCAAGAAACGCAGCUGCCACAUCAAGCUGAUGAUUAUUGACGAGAGCGUCGCUAUUCAAGGAAACGGCAACCUCGACACCCAAUCCUUCUACCACAGCCAAGAAGUCAACGUGCUGCUCGACUCGCCGCUCGUAUGUCGCACGUGGCUAGAGACUAUUGAUCGGAACCAGAACACCGCCAAGUACGGCCUCGUCAGCCCGCAGGACGGGUGCUGGCAUGACCCGGUCACCGGGGAGAUGGCCGAGGGCUCGAUCGGUGUGAACCCGGGGCAUUUCAGCUGGGCGAAGGGCAUCCUGGGUGCUGUGCAGAGGGUGAGAGGGGCUGGGGGGUUUUAGUUCAGUUCUUUGUCUCUGUUUAUGUGUGUAUAUAUAUUGGAUGGUGUUUUAUAGAUAGUGGAUGGAUGGAUGGAUGGAUGGACAUCUCUAUAUUGGCUAAUGUCUCUAUUUGAAGUGACUCGGAAGGAAUGAUGAAACUGAU